AAUCAGAGCCCCGAACUUUAAAAAAAAUGGAACAAUCGCGUCGUUUUCUCGUUUCUGCUGAUUUCUCUUCCGGUUAAAAAUGAAACGGUCUAAACGCACACGGAACAGAUCCAUUGCUCAAAUGAAGAGUAAAACAGUGUUUUCUACAGCUCAGAUGUCUGUGACAGAUCCCCGAUUCUGCUUUACAUUCAGUCCGAAUCACUGGACAAAGAAAUGUGUUGAUUUCUCUGAUUUAUUGAGCACACACAGUUAUUCCACUAAAGAAACAUGCAGUUUAAUAAUCAUGCUAUAUAUGAGGAAAUGACAGUGGAAAUGACGAUGUCCACCUCCUCCUCCACGUUUAUAGAUGCACUAGAUUUGAUUUCAAUGCAUUUGGUCUGUUUUGUAAAGCUUAGAUCAACCCAGUCAGUGUUUGUAGUUUCUGGCAAUUGAAGGAAAUGACAGGCAUGUUGGUUUUAUCCUGUUUGUGUUUAUGGCAUAUGUUUGGUGUGUUUGAUUUUCAGACAGAUGGAGUGAAGACAGUGUCCGGGACUGAGGGAGAUUCUGUCACUCUACACACUGGUCUUACUGAAGUAGUGGGACGUGAUGUGAUUCUGUGGACAUCCCUUGGAUAUAACAUUGCGAGAUUCAACAGAGCAGCUGAAAGCAUUUCUACAUUAGAUGGACCUGAUGGGAUAUUCAAAAACAGACUGCGUGUGACAUUUCUCACCGGAGAUCUCACCAUCAGUGACCUCACAACUAAACACUCUGGACUUUAUGAUGUUAAGAUCAUGCAGGGAAGUAAGGUCUCAUACAAGAGAUAUAAAGUUGAAGUCCACGGUGUGUUUGGUGUUGAUCCAGAUAAAGUGAAGUCAGUGUCAGUGAUGGAGGGAGAUUCUGUCACUUUACACACUGAUGAAACUGAAAUACUGAGAGAUGAUGAUGUUUUACACUGGAUGUUUGGAGCUCAGAAUCCAGAUACUGUUAUAGCACAAAUCAACAGAGAAGCAAAUAUAACCUCAAUAAUGGACGAACAGUUGAGAUUCAGACUGCAGCUGAACAAUCAGACUGGAGAUCUCACCAUCACAAACAUCACAACCGCACACACUGGACUUUAUAAAGUACAGAUCAGCAGAAACACAAUAUCAUUUAAUAUAUUCAAUGUGACUGUUUAUGCUCGUCUGCCGGUUCCUGUGAUCAUCAGAGACUCUUCUCAAUGUUCAUCAAGCUCUAAAUGUGUGUUGGUGUGUUCAGUGGUGAAUGUGACACAGGUGACUCUCUCCUGGUACAAAGGAAACAGUUUAUUGUCCUCCAUCAGUGUGUCUGAUCUCAACAGAAGUCUCUCUCUACAUCUGGAGGUGGAAUAUCAGGAGAACAACAUCUACAGCUGUGUGAUCAACAAUCCCAUCAGAAACCAGACUAAACAUCUCAACAUUACUGAAGUCUGUCAGCCGUGUUCAGGUGAUUGUGUUCACUGUUGUGCUUUCACUGAAGCUGUGAUCCGAUUGGUCCUCUCUGCUCUGGUGGGCGUGGCUUCUGUUGCUGUACUAGUUUAUGACAUCACAUCCAGAAGUGACAUGAAGUAAUUCAACAGAUAUUCUAAAACAAGAAUAAACAGUCGAUAAUCGUCCUGUCUAUUUCAUAAUGACAUUUUCUUGUUUGAAACUAUUAAAAAUGUAUUUAUUUAGUUUCAUGUACAGAACAUAUAGAUAUGUGUAUAAUUACAAUGGUGCGUUAGAUAUUUUAAAGCUACAUGUUCUGACAUACCUGUACA